UCUCUUUGUUCUACUUUUUCAUUUCUCCGUUUCCUCUUCUUCAUUCUUACGUGUUUUUCCAACUCAGCACUUUUUGUGAAUACAAGCCGCAUGCGUUGUUAUUAUUAUUUAUUAAUAUUGUAUUGAAAAUUGAGAAUCAGUGGAUUAUUUAUUUUUAUAUUCACCAGUACGUUACAAAUCCUCAAUUCUAAUUUAAUCAGUUUGUUUCGUACACUUCCAGUAUAAUUUAAAAAUGGUUCUAAAUACUACGGCAACUUGUCUCUUAAUUGUGGGAUUAAUUAGUAGAAGUGUUAACAGCCAGACUGUCAUUACAGCUUAUAGCAAAUCCAAACUGGAGCUCAACGAACCUAACUUCGACACUCCGGAGUACAUUUUACCAUGCAGCAGGGUCGAUCCAAAGCUUGAUUCAUGCAUACAAAACUCUUUCAAUCACUUAAGGCCCUACCUAGUGAAAGGUAUUGCAGAUUUGGAGCUGCCUCCGAUAGAACCCCUCUCAAUUCCAGAACUCGGAAUGAACAAUGGACAGGGUGCUGUUCGUGUAAGCGCACUUUUUUCCAACAUAACAGCACUUGGUCCCGGAAACUAUUCUGUCACAAAAGUCAGAGUUAAUAUAACGACAUUGAGGCUCGAUCUUCACUUGAAAAUUCCGAAAAUAGAGCUGCAAGGUCAUUAUGAAGUGGCGGGAAACGUUCUGCUUUUUCCAAUUCAGAGCCAAGGAGACUUUUGGGCAUUCUUUGGUGAAGUAGCAGCCAUUGCCCGUGUGCAGGGCGUAGAAGAAAUUCGAGAUGGAGUUCGCUAUAUGAAAAUCGCUCGACUGCUUGUUGACUUCAGUUUGGGACGUGCACGGUUCCGUGUUGUGGAUCAAUUGAACGGUAAUAACGUUAUUGGUCAAGCAAUGAAUCAAUUCUUAAAUCAAAACGCAAAGGAGAUAAUCGAGGAGAUGAGGCCAGCUGCGAGUUCUAGCAUUGCCAAACAUUUUCAAUCAUUUUUGAAUACCGCAUUUACAAAAGUUCCAAUGAAAGUAUGGUUGCACGACAAUUAAUUUUCCCAGAGUUAAAUUAUCAGCACUUCGUUUUAUAACCGGCGAAAUCGCAGGAACGUUUCAACUGUAACCAUGUUUCACGACCGUACGAUAGAAAUCUAUAGUCUGCGAUGGACUCGAUACGACGAUACUGCAAAAAUCUCGUGCACCAUGAAAACACGAAGCGUCCCAAGGACGACUGCCUUCUGCAUUUUUCCCCCAAGUGUAGGUGUGUGUGCGUAUGUGUAAGCGUAGCUAUAUUGCGUAAAAAGUGAGUGAGGGGGCAAUCGCCACCUAUAAAUAAGCAUUGGUUUGUUAACAAGUUUUGAUGGUUUUAGGUACUAAGUAUCUGUACACUAGAGUGUUCCAAAAAACGCUUUUCGAGCUACAGAGCAAGUGAGUCCCCCCUCCUCCCCAGUUUACACUUCCGGAAGAUAUAAAUCCGGAUUUUUUUCAAAAUUCAAAUAUCAACACGUGUCACCUAUCACUUCAAAAUCCCAUUUGAUAAGCAUAGAAAAAUUUUGGAUUUAAAAAAAUUGAACUAAUGCUCUAAUGUUUCAUUGAAACAUGCUAAGUUUUUUAGGAAUUUAAUAGAAGUGCCUGCAAAAUAAGCACAUACUAAUACACAUCUCUGGCAUAACUUUUAGAAAUUGUUCAAAUAAAGAAUAAUUGUUUAAAUAAAU